UAUGCAUUGUGCGACAUUGCGCCUCUAACUUACAUAUAUCAUCAUAUUUUAAACAAAUAAACUUAUCUGUUUUUCAUUCCGAUCUCUUAUAUUCGCUUGCUGGUAUGGAGUAAGCGGCAUGAUAAGUCUCUAUGGAAGAAAUACAAAUACGUUCCUGACAACAAACUCCAACCUGAAGAAAGGGGAGAAUGGCCUCAGAGAAAGCAGAAAAGAGGACAAAGGUGGAAGAUAAGCCUGCUGAUGUGAGAAAGACAGUGUGGGACAGAUUUAAAGAAACAGAGGGAGACAAAUUACCACCCGAUGACCAUGUCUUCUGGAAUAAAGUUUACCUUGUAACCAAACUUUUUUUCUCUGGCUUUCUCUUCAUGGUAAUGCUGUGUUCUGCAGUUGUGUCAAAAGGAGUUUUACUUAUUUUGACAUGGAAUAUAUUCAUACCUGCAGGAGAAACAUCAUCUGCUUUGAAGACGUUUGAUAAACUUUUCCUCUACAACAUUACAGUCAACCAAACCACUACUGGCAAUGACACUGUGACCAAUAUAUAUUACAUUUGGGCGUUGUUUGUUAUGGUUGUUACACCAAAUGUUUUCACAGUACUAUUCUGCGUAUGGAGAAUAAUAUUUAGAAAAUCAGGAACUCUUCGUUUUAAGACACUUAUUUUGGCUCUUAUACCAGCCACACUCCACUCAUUUGGGCUCAGCUUCCUCGUGUUUUACGUGCUUCCCUCUCUUGACCCAAUUUCUGGAUUAUGGUACAGUUGUAGCGUGUCGGUUGUACCAUCAAUUGUAAAUUUUGCCUUCGGAGACAAGAAUGUGCGCAUGCAAAAAGGUGUGAUUAAUUGGAUUAAUGUAUUAAAUAACCAUAUAAAAUAA